AUGAAGCCACUGAAUGGGCGCAUAUGCUGUUGGGGUAUAAAAGCGGAUGGCAGUGGCCUCGCAGAUCACCAUUCAACGAUGAAGUCGUUCCUUCUGUGUCUUCUUCUUGCUCUCGUCUGCCUGUUGGCUGUGAAUUCAGCCACGGCCAGCAUGAUGCGCAGACAUGUGCUGAUGAAGAGAAUGCCAGACAGGGAGAGCUUGGGGGAUGAUGAUGGAAAUAAAGAUUACAACGACGCCUUAUACUUGGUAAAGAGAAUGCCAGAGAGGAAGAGCAUGAUGGAUGAUGAUGAAGUUGAAGAUGACGACGUCCCCUUGUACAUGAUGGAGAGAAUGCCAGAGAGGAAGAGCAUGAUGGAUGAUGAAGAUGAAGCUGACGACGCCGACAUGGACGUGAUGAAGAGAUUACCAAAUGGUGACGAGAUGGAACACACCGUGGGUAAAUCGCUGCACGAUGGCACUAAUGACUACGGUAAUUCUUCUGACGUAGAAGAUGAAGAAGCAGCACAUGCUAAUGUCGAAGAUGACGAUCGAGUGGAAGAGGAGUGA